UCAGCCGGAAGUCCAACUGACCGGAACUAAUGUUUCCCGGUAUAUUUGGGCUUGUUUUCAUUUCUAGCGCUCAAAUAAACGAAGUUAGUAACGCUCUCGGUUCCCCUUGGAAUCGGAAAAGUUGUUGAUAAACAAAUGGACAAGUUCUAGAACCUAUAACUGUAAGCGAUUGAGCUAAUGGUAUUCUAUUUUUCGGCUCAUAUUAGCUUGGUAACUAGUGUUUGUGUUAGGGUACAGAAACAUUCCGUGACCGAUGAUGGAUCUAGAGGGCUCAGUUGUACCCAUCCACUCCCUUUGCCUUCUGGCCCCUCCUUUGCGUCUGAUGUCGGCAGCAAUGUGGAAGGUGAUGUUGCAGCGGGAUGUGACCCAGUAUGGGAGGCUGGAGGAGUUCAUAACCUCUAUCUCUGAGAGUGUUCCUGGGCUGCUGGACUACAGACACUAUGUUAAACUCGCACUUGGCCUGAGGUCUCGGUUGAUUUUGGAGUUGUGUCGGGGCCCUGAAGCCCCGGACCCCACAGCCAUCCUCACACAUCUAGAUAGGAUACCAGCCCUGGUCCAGUCUUCGCCUAACAGGCCGAGAAAGGAUUUGAAGGUUGAAAUGACCGUAAGCAAUUUCCAGAACUUAGUCCAGACCAUCCUUGAUGACCCUGAAGAGCGAGACAUCUUUUUCCAGGAAGACUUUCCAGAACAGUAUGGCCCACAAUAUGACAAGGCCCUGGAGAAACUGAUGUGGGAGUUUUUGACCAGACUAGACCAACUAUUACCAAUUCCAGAUUUGGCACAGACCGUGUUGUGGCUCGGGAAUGCCCCUGCUUUCUUGGAUGAGUGUGCAAAGUCGUCUACCCCGCCUCAGCUUCUCAGAAAACUGUUGCAGCAUGAGAUUUGCCUCGGCCACCUUGGCUCAGGAGUAUCCAUACCUCCCACCACAGGGGACAACAUCCUCUCCUCCCUGUCCCUCCCUCCCUCUGGCCGGACUCAUCAGCCUGGAUCGGACCAAAUCUCUGCGAAGACCACAGCUUCAGAUAUGUCACCGCAAAAGUCCAAUCAGCGACGACUGAGGCGAACCCGGUCACCCAUCGACCCCGUGAUUGGCUCCAUAUCGCUAAAGGAUACCCAAUUAGCUGUGACCGGUGCCCAGCUGCAAGAGAAAAGCUGUCAGCCUGAGGUCACCUCACACUGUGAUGCGGAACCUGCCACAUCGACCCAAGUCUUCACCAAAAUCAGACAGAAAACUUGUUCAAAGCAUGCGAAGGCUACCGCGGAAGAGGAGGAAGGUGCCAGGAGGGAGAAUGAACCAAUCGGAGUCCUUGACAAGGAAGAGGCUAGGGUAUCCAGCAAGAGAGGAAGGCCAAGAGCACAUAAAGGAGAUGAGCGUGAUCGGGAUGCAAAGGGCGGCACAGGGAAAAUGGAACGUCAGGAGAACGUGGCGAAAGAUGGCACUUUCACUGGUGUGAAGCCACGGGUAAGGGAGGACUGGACCUCUCUAGUGGGCUCCUGUUUGAAACGCCAGCCAAGGGUGGUUGUCCGUCACCUGGAUGUGUCUGAGCUGCUCGAAUGGAGAGGCAGUGGUGUCACUGACAUCUCGCAGAAACGGAACAACUCGUCCUCUGCACUGAGCUCCUGUUCGAAACGCCAGCUCAGGGUCACCAUCCAGCGGCUAAACCUGUCGUGUCCUGCCGUUCAGGCGCUCUUAAAUCGACGUCCUGCAGCCGCGUCGGAACCCAGAAAGAGUCUUUCCACAGAGACGAUAGCAGGUGGGACUGUGAGGAAGAGGAAGAGAAGCGACUGCCUACCCUCCCCAGCAAAGACAUGGCUGAGCUCAGAAAACAAAGAGAACAUUGAAGGACCCCAAAUUAUUUCCCAAAGGACAAAUAGCCCAGGUAAGCCACCUGCUGAAUCCGGAGAGGAGAUGGUUGCCGAUUCAGAGGAUGAAUCCCCAAACCAUUUCAAGAACUUUCUGAAGGGCUACUACAGGACCAAGCACAACACCUUCGUGCCGACGCUGGAGGAGUACCUGAAACCAGGUGUGGGUCGACGGGACCUGCUGUCUCCCGGCACAGGGCAAAGGCAGUGAUUAUGUACAGUAAUGGCUUCUUCUGCAGUAAGACAUCUUGCUUGUCCAGGAAGCACUCAAAUAAUCAUGUCAGUAAUCAGCAUUAACCCAGAGAGCUGGAUCUGACUAAGAAGCGAUGGCUGCCUGUUUGUUUUUACUUGUAUAUAUGCUACUAAACUUGGUUAUUGGUGCUUUAUUUAAUAGUAUAUUCCUUGUUACUACUUUUAAUUUGACCUCCAAUUUCUAAGCUACCUUCAUUUUUUAAUAUAUUAAUCUGAAUAAAUAAAUUCAUUAUUUAAA